UUGUAGUUUGGAUUUUGGAAGAGGGCAGCCAGCAGGGCAAAAGGCAGAAUAGAAACUGCUCUUUUGGAGUGGAGUGAGACAUUCCAUUCUCUCCUGCUAUUUUGGGUUUCCUUGGUUGGGAGGUGGUGGGUGGAUUUAUCUUGUUGAGGGAUUUGUUGAGUGCUACAUUGUCCUAAAGUUUUGGUUUUUUUUUUGGUUGGUUCUUCUGCUUAUGAGGUUGUUUAACUGGUGGUACUAGUGGUACUCUUUCUGUUCUUUUUCUUUGGUGGGUUACGUCUGGUUUUGUGAGGUAUGUGGCCUAGAAUUGCUGCUGGCUUGAGGUUGUUUGUAUGCUUUUCUAUCAUUUGCGGGUUUGGUGUCGGUGCUUUAAUAUGUUGGAAUGUCCUAAAAUGUUUGAAUGUUGAGUGAGUUUCAUCUCAGUAAAACCUGUUCUUUGUGCUUGGAGCUCUUCUGAAGAUUAGUUUCUUGAGUGAUCACUGUAUGUGCAACCUUGUGUGGCUUCUCAGGUUUUUAUUGCUUGAGCAUGGUCAUACUCCAAAUUAUUCUGGCCUUUGGGGAUUUGGGUGUGUUAUGGACUUGUGGGGAUUUUGGUUGUGAAAUAGAGUCUCAGCUGUUUUCUCAGUUGUGUGCUUCUGUGGGCAACAAAUUGAUGGAGAAGUGCUUAUGACUAAAUAUUUUUAGCCUGGUAGUUGAUUUCUUAGGAUCACGGUGUGCACUGUGUAACUUUCCAGGAACUGUUGAGGUUCUUUGUUCUGACCAUUCCAUUUAAGCUUUCUUUGAAAUGGCCUGUAAGAAGUUGGGAUCAAAAGCCGAUGUCUUUCAUCGACGAGGACAAGCCUGGUUUUGCACAACUGGGCUUCCAAGCGAUAUUAUCAUUGAAGUUGGAGAGAUGGCCUUCCAUCUUCAUAAGUUCCCUCUUUUGUCAAAGAGUGCUCUCCUGGAAAAGCUUAUUGAGGAGAUCUCUGAUGAACAAGAGGGUUGUGUGGUGAAGUUGGAUGAUCUUCCUGGUGGGUCUAAAGCAUUUGAACUAGUAGCUAGAUUCUGUUAUGGUGUGAAGUUUGAACUCACUGCAUCGAAUGUGGUUUGCCUACACUAUGCUGCUGAGCAUCUUCAAAUGACAGAGGAAAUAGCAGAAGGCAAUUUGAUCACUCAGACAAAGAUCUUUAUCAACCAAGUCGUCAUUCGUAGCUGGAAAGAUUCGAUAAAAGCACUCGUGAUGUGCAACAAUCUUCUCCCACAUGCUGAAAAUCUUCAGAUCAUUAAGAGAUGCCUUGAUUCUCUAGCUGUUAAAGCUUGUACAGAUCCCAAUCUGUUUGGUUGGCCAAUGGUGGAGCAUGGCACAAUGCACAGCCCUGGUGGGAGUGUUUUGUGGAAUGGAAUCAGCACAGGAGCCAGACCACGAAAUUGUAGUUCUGAUUGGUGGUAUGAAGACGUCUCUUCAUUGAGUCUUCCCUUGUAUAAGAAGCUGAUCUCAGUCAUGGAAUCUCGAGGUAUCAGACAAGAAGUAAUAGCAGGCUCCAUGACAUUCUAUGCCAAAAGGUAUCUGCCUGGUAUUAGUAGGCAUCACUGUAUGGCAUCUGUAGCUCUGACAGCUGCACCAUCUGAAGAAGAACAGAGACAGCUUCUUGAAGAGAUUGCAAGCAUGUUACCUUUACAAAAGGGUGUGAUAUCAACUAAGGUCUUGUUCGGUCUUCUUCGCACUGGCAUGAUUCUGCAAGUGAAACCAUCAUGCAUUUCUGACCUGGAGAAAAGAAUCGGGCUGCAGCUAGACCAGGCCACUUUGGAGGAUCUUCUGUUGCCAAACUUUUCAUAUUCUAUGGAGACACUGUACAAUGUUGACUGUGUACAACAAAUUCUUGAGCACUUCUUAGCCAUGGUUCAAGCUGCUGAUUGUGCAUCCCCUAAUAUGGUUGAUGAUGAGCAAAUAACUGGUUCACCUUCUCUGGAACCUGUUACUACUGUUUCCAAGCUAAUCGAUGGGUAUCUAGCAGAGAUUGCACCAGAUGUCAACUUAAAGCUUCCAAAGUUCCAAAAUCUGGCUGGUGCAGUACCUGAUUAUGCACGGCCACUGGAUGAUGGACUAUAUCGUGCUAUUGACAUCUAUUUAAAGGCACACCCAUGGCUCACUGAAGCUGACAGAGAACAGCUCUGCCGGCUGAUGGACUGCCAGAAGCUCUCCCUAGAAGCCUGCACUCAUGCUGCACAGAAUGAGAGGCUUCCAUUACGAUUAGUGGUUCAAGUGCUUUUCUUUGAGCAACUUCAACUUAGGACCUCAAUCGCUGGUUGCUUGCUUGUUUCUGACAACCUUGAUGGAUCACGGCCCUUGAGGGGUGGACUGGUGGGUUCAGGUGAUGCUGGUGGGUGGGCAAGCACCGUGAGGCAAAACCAUGUAUUGAAGGAAGGAAUGGAUAACAUGAGGAUGAGAGUGUCGGAGCUUGAAAAGGAGUGCAUGAGCAUGAGACAGGAGAUUGAGAAGUUGGGCCGCGGGAACAGCAGGUGGAGUAGUGUCCCAAAGAGGUUUGGAUUUACGAUCAAGUCACAGAUGUGCAGUGCCCAAGAGGAGUCUGUAGGUGAUCAUUGCAGGAAUAGAAUGAACAUCAAGACUGAGAAAUUUCCAGAAAAGCUCAUGAAACACAAGAAGCAGUCAUCUGCAGGUUCAUGACCUUUCCUGUGAGGUAUCGUGGGAUUGUAACUCUAGUUUUCUUUUUUCAUCAAAAUAGGAAGCAUGAAUCCAGAUGAUAUGUUUCUUGAACAAAUUUGAUCUUGAGAUUGGCCUUCAAAAAGGAAACCUAAAUCUUGGGUUAACCAUCUGCUUCCUACUAGUGACUGACAUGCGACAUCUGCAAACUGAAACAGAUCUGUAUCUUUCUGAUUUGCUUGUGCUUCUUGGUUUCUCGUUAUAUAAAUCUGCUCAUUGUUCAA